AUGGGUUCAAACAUUGGGACAACAUUUAGCAUUAGUUUUGGAUUAAUCUCAAAACAACCCCCAAAAAAGCCAAUACUGUGUCUUCAGUCCUCUCCGUUUUCAAAUCAAACCGCCUAACCCCUUAUACUGCGGCGGCCUUCUUCCCACUCGGCUCCCAACCCCAAACCACCCGUCGGGCGCGUGGGGCUGAGUAGCACCAAUCUCCGGCUUCAUAAACCCUAAUCCCCAAAUUGAGAAUCAGGGAUCUUCCGGAAGAAGUUCAUCGCAAUCGUACUUGGAUUCUUUAUCCUAUUAUCGUUACUGUUGUUUAUUGUAAACUGGAAAGCAGGAUUCUUGAGAAAGAAGCCCUUUUUCUCUUGAAAUGAAGGAAUCUGAAUCCGAGGUACGAGAAAAGGAAGAAGUAGAAGCGGAGGAAGAAGAAGAGUAUGUUCUGCUUGAUUUGGACGGCGUUUCGGACCAUGUUCAGAUUCCGCCAAACGCGCCAUACGUACUCUCGGGUCUGGAUACACUCAACCCAAUUCUGACAAUAGAUGACAAAAUUAAGCUGAUUGGAGAAUACGAAGAAACAAUUGGGACCUGUCUGGUUUUCAAUGAAAGUGAUGAAGCGCCUAUUGUUCACGAAGAGGCAGGUCCAUCAGAAACAAACCUUUUCUCUGGAAGAUGCAUAGUCGACCCCAAGCAAACCCCAGCCAAGCAAGUUAAUGCAGUAGCAACUCUAAAUAAGGUUCUUAAGUUCAGACUAUUUUUGGAAGCCGACAACAAAGGUGUAGCAGACAAACAAGACAAUAAGCCAUCUUGAUGUAUGAGAGGAUGUACUGACCGAUUAUCAGCCUCGUUCAUGUUAUUUGAAGUGGGAUGUGGCAUUAGGUUAGCAUGUAAGUUUUACAGGACUUACAUCAAUAGGAUUCAGUAGUCUCGACACCCUGAAAUGUAAGAGGUCAGAGGUGUAAAUAUCGUUUUGCUUAUAAUGAUUGUAGUUAUGAAUACUUCAUCUCCUAUAAAGUGUUACAUAGGUCUGAUUCCCUGAA